AUGUCUGCUGAUCAUUUGCAGUUCUUGAAGAACAAGUUCAUUCUGGACUUGGAAGACGCGGAGGAGGAACACUCCGGGGAAAAUGAGAUCCCCCUUCUCGCUCAUUUUCUACAGAUUAGAGAUGUGUUGAAAGCAAAGGACAUCACGGCAUCUACACCCAUCAGAUUGAAGAAUUGUCUAUACAACGCCAUCAGCGCAUUAGAAGAGUGCGUGGUGUUGUCGGAGAAGCGUGAGCCCCGAAAGAAGAAGGAUGGUCCGAUGCAUGGAUACACUCUGGCGGAGCAUUGGAUUUUAUGCAAAACCAGAAGGUUGUUGGUUCAAGUAAAGAGAAAGCUUACUGCUCCGGCUGAUGCCAUUAUUCCUGGUAUGAAUGACAUGGCCGCAAGUUCAUCCUCCACCUCCUUACAAGUUAUUCCAAGACCAAACCCUGAGAAUUUUCAUCCCUACAAUUUUCGAAGUUUUUAUGUACAAAGAAAUGAAAUUGUUGAUCGACUUGAUUUUGGGAAAGGAUUUCAGGAAAUUGGAAUCGUGGGGAUUGGGGGCUCGGGUAAAACCACUCUGGCCCAAUUGGUUUUUACUAAAAUCGAUGGGUAUCUACGGGAUAACAGAAUUUGGAUCUGCUUAUUCCCGAAACUGAGUGGAGAUGUGGACUUCAAGGAGAUGAUAAAAGACAUAUUGAAGCAGUGCGGGGCAGCAGCAGUGGUGGCUGAUGGGGUAGAAAUAGAAGUAGAAGAGCUGUUGGAGAAUCUUGGGAAAGCUUUGAAGGGUAAAAGGUAUUUGAUAGUGUUGGACGGCAUCUGGGACAUCAACAUCCACUGGUAUUUCAAGUUAAAGGACAAGUUGAAGUCUCUAACUGGCGAUGGGCGUGUCAUCAUCACCAGCCGACUACCCCACAAAGCAAGAAUGAUGGUGGGCCCUCACAAUUUGUAUCACGUGCAGCCUUCAUUAAAAUCCCUGGAGCACAUACCGCGAUUCAGUUACUGUUUGAAUUUACUUGGAAGAUAUAAGUCGAAAUUGAAGGAUGAGGUUAUACAGCAAUGUGAUGGCCUCCCAUUAGCAAUGCACACAUUGGCACCAAUGAUUGAAGACCAGAUCCUGGGAGACAGGUAA